AAGGGUACUAGGGAAAACAUAUCGUACUGCAACGCGGCGAGCCAUCUUCUUCUGCUUCAGUUCCGACGAACUUUCACCAUGUUGAGGGCUAAUUCGCUCACAAGGUACCAUGGGCGCAUUUUGGACGCACUAAGAAGGACAGUACACGCAAGAGAACCACCCGGUGUCGCCAGUGCCUGCAUUGUAGGACCAUCCACCCAAAAUGUUCCGAGUACCAACAUCCACACAUCGGUCGCAUCGUUCGACAAGAACAAGAAGACCAAGACUCCUAAACCAACUCUAACCAAGAAAGUCCCCACUCCCGAGGUGAAGAAGGCUGCGGCCAAGGUCGCAGGAUGGAAGGACUCGUGGGACAUCCCGAAGGGAGGAGCCGCAGCAGGCAACAAGGCCGCCAAGGGCGGGACCCUCCAAGACAUCAUCGCCAAAGACCCGAAGAUCAUAUUGGCUGCGACUAAAGGUCCAGCAGCGUCAUCUGACUCGGAUGGUCCGGCGUCCAAGAAAUCCCCAAAGAAGAAGGAAGCAGCACCACCACCAGCAGCUCCUGAAGCGGCUGCUGCUGCCCCAGAAGCAGCAGCUGCAGCAGCAGCCCCAGCUGCCCCUGAAGCAGCAGCAGCCCCAGCUGCCCCUGAAGCAGCAGCAGCCCCAGCUGCCCCUGAAGCAGCAGCAGCCCCAGCUGCCCCUGAAGCAGCAGCAGCCCCAGCUGCCCCAGAAGCAGCAGCUGCAGCAGCAGCCCCAGCUGCCCCUGAAGCAGCAGCAGCACCAGCUGAAACAGCAGCCAAAACACCCACUUGCUCCUGA